AUGGCUCAGAACUCUGCCUCCCAAACCCCCACGGGUGAGCCUACGGCUCCCGUGACUAGCGCACCCCCUCAGGUCGAUGCCGCUGCAAAGGAUCCCCAGGGUCAGCAGCAGAGCGGACAGGCCGCUCCGAAGGUGAAGACCGAGAAAGAGUUGGAAAAAGAGCGCAAGAAGGCCGAAAAGAACAAAAAGUUCGAAGAGAAGCAGGCGGCGAAGGCGAAGGCUGCUGCCAACAAGGCCGCAGCUCCCAAGGCCGAGAAGAAGGCGAAGCCCGAGAAAGAGAAGACCACCGAUGCUUAUGAUCCCAUUGCUAUCGAGGCUGGUCGCCUUGACUGGUGGGAGGAGCGUGGUCUCUUCAAGCCCGAGUUCGGACCUGAUGGCAAGGUCAAGCCGGAAGGCUCCUUCGUCAUCCCCAUUCCCCCUCCCAACGUCACUGGUUCUCUUCACAUGGGUCACGCCCUUACCAACGCCCUCCAAGAUACCAUGAUCCGGUGGCAAAGAAUGAAAGGCAAGACUACCUUGUGGCUUCCCGGAAUGGACCACGCCGGUAUCUCGACCCAGAGUGUCGUCGAGAAAAUGUUGUGGAAGAAGGAGAAGAAGACCCGCCACGACAUUGGCCGCGAGGCUAUGGUCAACUUGAUCUGGGACUGGAAGGAUGAAUACCACAAGAACAUCAAGAACGCCCUCCGCAGAGUCGGUGGUUCGUUUGACUGGAGCCGUGAGGCCUUCACCAUGGACCCCAACCUGUCUGCUGCUGUGACUGAAACCUUCGUUCGUCUCCACGAAGAGGGUAUCAUCUACCGCGCAAACCGCCUGGUCAACUGGUGUGUGGCCCUGAACACCUCUUUGUCUAACCUUGAGGUCGAGAACAAGGAAAUUGAGGGCCGUACACUUCUUGACGUGCCUGGCUACGACAAGAAGGUCGAGUUCGGUGUCCUGACUCACUUCUGCUACGAGAUCGAUGGAACCACCGAGCGUAUUGAGAUUGCUACCACUCGUCCUGAGACCAUGGUUGGUGAUACUGGUAUUGCCGUCCACCCCGACGACAAGCGCUACCAGCAUCUGAUUGGCAAGCAUGCCCGCCAUCCUUUCGUGGAUCGUCUGCUUCCUAUCGUUGCUGAUCCGGAAGUUGAGCCCGAAUUCGGUACUGGUGCCGUCAAGAUCACUCCUGCCCACGACUUCAACGAUUUCAACCGCGGUAAGGCGCACAACCUGGAGUUUAUCUCUGUCAUGAACGAUGAUGGUACCUUCAACAAGCACGCUGGUCCCUUCGCUGGUAUGAAGCGCUUCGACGCCCGUUACAAGGUUAUCGAUGCUCUCAAGGAGAAGGGUCUGUACGUCAAGUGGGAGCACAAUCCCAUGAAGGUUCCUCGCUGCUCCAAGUCCAACGAUAUCAUUGAGCCUAUCCUUAAGCCUCAAUGGUGGAUGAAAAUGGAGAGCCUGGCUGGCCCUGCCAUCGCUGCCGUUGAAAACGGCGAUAUCAUUAUCCGUCCCGAGUCUGCCGAGAAGAACUACUUCCGCUGGAUGCGUAACCUGAACGAUUGGUGUCUCUCUCGUCAGCUAUGGUGGGGACACCAGGCUCCCGCUUACUUCGUGAAGAUCGAAGGCGAGGAAGGCGAUGAUAGUGAUGGCAACCUCUGGGUCACUGGUCGUUCCGAGGAAGAUGCCCAGAAGAAGGCCGAGGAGAAGUUCCCUGGCAAGAAGUUCACCCUGGUCCGGGAUCCCGAUGUUCUCGACACUUGGUUCUCUUCUGGCUUGUGGCCCUUCUCUACUCUGGGCUGGCCCCGCAACACUCACGACUUCGAGAAUCUGUACCCCACCUCCGUUCUGGAAACCGGUUGGGAUAUUCUCUUCUUCUGGGUUGCCCGUAUGAUCAUGCUGGGUAUCAAGCUGACUGGCCAAAUUCCUUUCCGUGAGGUUUACUGUCACUCCCUGAUCAGAGAUUCUGAUGGCCGCAAGAUGUCCAAGUCUCUGGGUAACGUUAUCGACCCUCUGGAUGUCAUGGAGGGUAUUCAACUUCAGGCUCUCCACGACAAGCUGCAGCUGGGUAACAUCGCCGAUAAGGAGAUUGCUGCUGCCACCAGAUACCAGAAGAAGGCUUUCCCCAAGGGUAUCCCCGAGUGUGGUGCUGAUGCUCUCCGCUUUGCCCUCGUCUCUUACACCACUGGUGGAGGUGAUAUUGCUUUCGAUAUCCAGGUCAUUCAUGGCUACCGUAAGUUCUGUAACAAGAUUUACCAGGCCACCAAGUUCGUCCUCGGCAAGCUGGGCGAUGACUUCAAGCCCCAGGCCAGUGUUAAGAAGACCGGCAAUGAAUCUCUUUCCGAGCGUUGGAUUCUGCACAAGUUCAACACCGCUGCCAAGGAGAUGAACGAGGCUCUUGAGCAGCGUGAGUUCUCCAACUCCGCUCAGAUCUCCUACCAGUACUGGUACUCCCAGCUGUGCGAUGUGUUCCUCGAGAACUCCAAGUACCUCCUGGCCGAUGAGGCCUCGGCCGAGACCAAGGAGUCUGCUAAGCAGACCCUUUACACAGCCCUCGAGGGUGCUCUGACUCUGAUCCACCCCAUCAUGCCGUUUGUUACCGAGCACUUGUGGCAGCGCCUGCCCCGCCGUGCGGGUGACGAGACCAUCUCUAUCAUGAAGGCCAAGUACCCCGAAUUCCUCGCCGAGUUCGACGACCCCGCCGCCUCCAAGGCCUAUGAGCUCAUCCUCAACACCUCCAAGGCCAUCCGCUCGAUUCUGGCUCAGUACGAUGUCAAGACCCAGGGUGACGUCAUUAUCCAGACCUACGACGCUACCAGCGAAAAGACCGUCUCCGAGCAGAUGACCACCAUCAAGUCUCUGGGUGGUAAGACCCUCGGUGAGCUGUCCCACCUCGGCCCGGAGAACAAGAACCCUCCCUCUGGCUGUGUGGUUGCUGCCGUCGGUGCCGAGGCCGCUGUUUACUUACGUGUCUCCAAGGAAGUUGCCUUGGAGCAGGAGGAGAAGGCCAAGGCUAGCCUCAACAAGGCCCGUGAGACUGUGCGCAAGUCUCAGGGUAUCAUCAACGGCCCUGGCUGGAAGGAGAAAGUCAAGCCUGAGGUCCGUGAGCAGGAGGAGAAGCGUCUGCGUGAUGCCGAAAGCGAGGCUGCCCGUCUCGAGGAGCAGGUCAAGGAGUUUGAGAAGCUGCGCUUGGAGUAA